GUUCACCUAUGACCUAUCCAAACAUUCACACAAUAACUAACCAAAUUGUUCUAGAACCAAAAAUUCCAAUUCAAUGGCUUCUACUUCUACUUCUUCUUUUCUUUUCUCAACUUCAAUUACCGGCUCCAAAUUUUCUGCCUGUGCGCCACUAACACCGCCGAGCUCCAUCAGCUUCCGGCAGCAAACACCGCCGUGCUCCGUCAGCUUCCGGCAGCAGCGAUCGUUCUCUGUUUCCGCCGCUUACUCCACCGCCGAGAGGACUACUACUAGCUCUAACAUCGCCUCACAGUCAUCGUUGUAUGAAGUUCUAGGACUUCAAGCUGGUGCUACUACUCAUGAAAUUAAGUCUGCUUACCGGAGAUUGGCCAGAAUUUUACAUCCCGAUGUCGUCCGAUUUCAGCAGAAUUCUUCAGCUGAGGACUUUAUUAGAGUUCAAUCAGCUUAUGCUACUCUCUCCGAUCCAGAAAAACGUGCCAAAUAUGAUCGGACACUAUUUGGGAAUAGAUUUGGACGGUCUGUCGGAGUGUCGUCGGCGGGAACUCGUAGCCAUUACACUACUCGCCGGAAGUGGGAAACCGAUCAAUGUUGGUAGCUUUUUUGCUUCGAACGGUUCAUUGUGGAUUUUAGCACUCCUUCGAAACUCACUGGCCGAUUAGUUUCGUCUCCUGAGUUGGUUAUGGUCAAAAUCAACCAUUACCAUUUCAGAGGUACCGCUAAAGAUGCUGAAAGUACCAUGAUCAGACGCGUUAGUAUUUUGAUUAACUGAUAGGGUAGUAGUAGCAUUUGUACAGUAUAUGUAAAGACGAAUGCGUAGAUUACUACUACUAUUAUGUUCGUUGGGUAUAAGAUCCUCCCUCCGGUCCAUAAUAAGUGAUGUUUUAGACUUUUUGUUUUGGCUCAAACUAAGUGUUAUUUUUUCUUAAUCAAGAAUGAAUCAACUUUAGUUUUUCAAA